AUUCGGUCGCCGUGCGUUAAAGACCAUUCAUGCAGUCUGGUUCAGAAGUUAAACCGGUGUAUAGACCACGUCUUGUGUGCACUCCGUUGAUUAUGCUGGCAUAUAUUUAGGAAAUUUUGAAUAUUUAGAUUUAGCCACGCUUGAAAUUUAAAAACAGUGCAAUGAAAGACAAAAUAAUUUUCACGUCUGGCGAGUCAAAUCUUCACAGUAGAGUAAUGAAACCUCAACGGAACAGGAUGAGAGCCAUAUCUGCAAUGGUUUUCCUGGCUUUAUGUGCACUGCUGAUUAUAAUCUAUCAAGCUGUACAGCAGGAGCUCAACAUCCGCAACCUGAAAGCACGCAUCAUUGUUUCUGGCGAACAGGUGAAGUUGAAGGAAGAUGGCAUCAUGUCAGCUAAGACAAAAGUAGAAGAGAUGAACAAGAAGCUCAGUCCUCUGACUACACAGAGGGAUCAACUCAAAAAACAGAGGGAUGAGAUUAAGAAAGGCACUGCUGAAUCUGAAAAGGAACUAGGAACCUGCCAAGCUGACAAGGGUAAAUUGGAGAAGCAGAGCAGUGAUGCAAAAGAUGCACUUCAGAAACUAAAGGAAGGCCAAGAGGCUGAGAGGAAGAAAGCAGAGGAGGAGAUUGAGGGUCUAAAACGACAAAUUCUUGAACGAGAUUUAAAGAUCUGCAAAUACGUUGAUGUUACAGUGGAAGAGACAAAGAAAUUGUGCGCAGGAACUUUGUGAAGGAACUUUAGAAACUCUGUUUUCUCAGCCAAAAUGUUCUGUAUUGUGAUUUUUUUUUUCCAGUGUUGAAUGUUAAAUGUAUGUUAAAAAGGUAUGGACUGUGCUUCUUUAUAAACUCUACACAAAAUAAAGUUGUAAUAAAGACUUAAAGAAAAA